UAGCUCCCGCCCGAUCCUUUUUAACAGUUUGACAUAAACAGAACUUUACGGUAAAGUAACACUGCACUUGUUUUCGUGUCACUGCGGUAAAGUUGCCUUCACUCGAACCGCUUUUUCUGUUAUUACGGUAAUCUGACUGAAUGCGCAUCUUUUUGUGUCGUUACGGCCUUCCUCCAUAGUCUCAUGAGGCUCCUCCUCGCCUGCUGUGUUUAGUGCGCGCGACUGCUAGUAGGUUAAGAGACGCUAAACCGAGUCGAAUGAUUGAACAAUAAAAUGAGUUUAAUAGAGAAUAGCAGCGAGCAAUGCGGCAAUAAUCGACCCCGAGAGCUUACCCAGAACCCGUUAAAGAAAAUUUGGGUGCCCUCCUGCAAAAACGGCCUCCCGAGAAGCACUAAACAGAGGAAGGUAUGUAUGACCAACUGCCCCACUCUCAUAGUAACUGUUGGUCUACCAGCCAGAGGCAAGACCUACAUCUCCAAAAAACUGACACGCUACCUCAACUGGAUUGAUGUUCCAACAAAAGAGUUUAAUGUUGGGCAGUACAGACGUGAAUGUGUGAAGAUCUACAAAUCUUUCGAGUUCUUUCGGCCAGACAAUGAAGAAGGCCUUAAAAUCAGGAAACAAUGUGCAUUGACAGCUCUCAAUGAUGUAAGGCAGUACCUCACAGACGAAGGCGGGCAGGUGGCGGUGUUUGAUGCCACGAACACAACACGAGAACGUAGAGAGACGAUCUUCAGAUUUGCAGAGCAGAAUGGUUUUAAGGUUUUCUUCGUUGAGUCUGUGUGUGAAGACCCAGAUGUUAUUGCUGAGAACAUUGUGCAAGUGAAGCUGGGCAGUCCAGACUACACACACUGUAACACAGAAGAGGCUGUCGCAGACUUCAUGAAGAGAAUUAAAUGUUAUGAGAACUCUUAUGAGCCGUUGGAUGAAGAGCUGGACAGGGAUCUCUCCUUCAUUAAGAUCAUUGAUGUCGGUCGGCGGUACCUUGUGAACCGGGUCCAGGACCACAUACAGAGCCGAAUAGUGUACUACCUCAUGAACAUCCACAUCACGCCACGCUCCAUCUACUUGUGCCGGCACGGUGAGAGUGACCUGAACGUCAGAGGUCGAAUCGGAGGUGAUUCAGGACUUUCGGCAAGGGGAAAGGAGUUUGCUAAGUCUUUGGGCCAGUUUAUCAAGUCGCAGAAUAUCCGUGAUUUGAAAGUGUGGACGAGUCAGAUGAAGAGGACCAUUCAGACGGCAGAAGGUGUGGGUGUGCCAUACGAACAAUGGAAAGCUCUCAAUGAGAUAGAUGCUGGUGUAUGUGAGGAGCUCAUGUAUGAAGAGAUACAACAGAAAUAUCCUCAGGAAUUUGCAUUACGCGACCAAGACAAAUAUCGCUAUCGCUAUCCCAAAGGAGAGUCCUAUGAAGACUUGGUCCAGCGGUUAGAACCUGUCAUCAUGGAGUUGGAGCGUCAGGAAAACAUACUGGUUAUCUGUCAUCAAGCUGUCAUGAGAUGUCUGCUGGCAUACUUUCUGGACAAACCCGCAGAGGAACUUCCUUACCUGAAAUGCUCUCUUCAUACAGUUUUAAAGUUAACACCAGUGGCCUACGGUUGUAAAGUGGAGUCAGUCUGUUUGAAAGUGGAAGCCGUGAAUACACACAGAGAAAGACCAACGAAUGUUAAUGUACAUCGUACAGCAGAUGACGCCUUGCAGACAGUCCCACCUCACCUCUGACCUUCAGCCACGCCUCUCUUACUACAUACUCUGAUCCGACCCUGACUUUGCCAUUUCAACUCUGCCUUCUACAAACAGUCGCCUAAUCAUGUUAUGCUCGGAUAUUCUGAAAGUUUGUGGAGUUUUAUCUGGGAUGUUAACUGGGUGUAUACAGUGUGUGGAGCCUGUGAGAUCUUUGUGCCACUUACGGAGUUUAGAAAAGUGAGUGUUAUGGCUCUUACACCUGUACGUAAUAUGCAUAUAUGUAUAUACUGUACAUAAAUGCAAGUGUACAUCAUACAUAUGGGUGUAAUGUAUAGGUAUGUUAUUUGCUGCUUCCAUGAUAUUUAACCGAUAUCUCUCUGUUAUUUUGAGGGAAGGGUGACAAAAUGUGUGCAAGUGUGUGUGUGUGUGUCUACGUACGACAGAGAAUUUAUUUACACUUUUUAAGGUUUUAAAUUCAAUUGACAUUAAAAUCAGACUGAUUAUAAAUUCAAGUGUUAUUUUUAAAGAAAUACUGAUAGUGGCUCAUUCGGGUGUUUUUAUAUAAUUUUUGUCAAUUUAGAAUUUAGAGUAAUUGUACUGAACUGUACACUUUUCAACAAUGAAUACAGUAUACGAAUAUAUUUUAAAACUACAUGCACACAUACUUGUGUAUAUACAUUAUGUAUUUCAAGUAUGUAAGCUGUUUUUACAAUACAAAUGUGGAAAUCAUAAUCUUGGUGUUUGUAUUUAAGACAAUAAACAGCUUUCAGUCACUAUUUAAUGUCCAUUUCAACUUUCCAUCUUCUAAAAAUCAGAUGUGGUAAAGAAUCAUACAAUGCUGUGUUGGAUUUUGUCAAAUUUUAUUUGCAAUUCCCUCCGAUCAGAAAAAUAUUGAGUGUUGCCUCAAACAAGCGCACUGUAAAUUUGAAAGAGAUCUUGAACAUUUGUAAAAUAUAAAUUAUUGUAUUAUUAGGAUUGUUUGGGGCUGCAAAUUCAUCAAUAUGGUGCAUCAGUAGUAAACCUCACAACACACUAUAUUUCAACAAUCAUAGAUAAGUAAUUGAAAUGUAAUCUGUACACUGUGUUACAUCAUUGGCUGAUGUCCAGGAUUUCUGGUGUCUUGAAAAUAUUAAACCUUUUGUGUGUUGCCAUGUCGUAUCUAAAUAAAGCAUUUGUGGUGCUUUUA